AUGAGAAUGCACAUCGGCGGCGAAUGGGUUGACAAGCCGCAGAAAAUUGAAGUCCUGAAUCCUUAUGAUGGUUCUGUUGUUGACACCAUUCCCAGAGGUGAUCACGACGAUGUCGAAACCGCGCUCAAGACCGCUGAACGUGGCGCAAAGAUCAUGGCGAAAAUGACCGGUUAUGAGCGGUAUGAAAUUAUUCACAAGGUUUCCGAGAUGAUGGCAGAGCGUACUGAUGAACUCGCUCGAAUCAUUACUUUGGAGGAAGGAAAAAUCCUUGCCGAAGCAACGAUGGAAGCCGGACGCGCAGCCGAGAUAAUCGCGCUCUCCGCAGAGGAAGCCAAGCGACUUUACGGAGAAGUUAUCCCCCUCGAAGGUGGACCAGGUGUUAAGGGAAAAUUAGGCUUCACGGUACGAGUUCCCUGUGGCAUCGUCGUUGGGAUUAGUCCGUUUAACUUCCCGCUGCACCUCGUUUGUCACAAAGUGGGUCCCGCACUCGCGGCAGGAAACGCAAUCAUCGUUAAACCCGCCACAGACACACCGCUGUCGGCACUGAAACUGGUUGAGCUCUUCCUCGAAGCAGGCACACCGCCUGAAGCGGUCCAAUGCUUGACCGGAUCGGGUAGCGUAAUUGGCGAUAGCCUCUGUGCGGAUCGGCGCGUCCGGAAAAUUACCUUCACCGGCAGCCGUGAUAUUGGAGAACACAUCUGUCACACCGCUGGACUCAAGCGUGUAACGAUGGAACUCGGCUCAAACUCCCCACUGAUUGUUAUGCCGGACGCAGAUCCAGAGAAAGUCGCAGCGGCUGCGACAGCAUCCGGUUAUUCCAAUGCAGGGCAGGUCUGUAUCUCAACACAAAGGGUUAUUGCCCAUGAGGACAUCUACGGCGAUUUUCUUGAUGCUUUCAAAUCAACCGUUGAAGGUAUCUCGACCGGAAAUCCCCUUGAGGCACCAACCAAGAUGGGACCAAUGAUUCGUGAAGAUGACGCCAUCCGCGUUAGCGAAUGGGUUGAUGAGCGGUCAGCAGCGGUGCUGAACUCCUCACCGGCGGUGAAAGAAGUGGGCAGAUCUACGCUCCGACACUCGUCGCCAAUGUCAAGCCAGAGAUGA